AUGUCUCUUCCAAGUUGUCGUUAUUCUGUUCACUCAACAGGCUGGGAUGGUCCCCAGUUGAGUUGGGCUAAUGUUGGGGAUACUUGUUUUGUAACGGAUGGGGAUGGAGAUGACCACGCAGUUGUGGACGAGAAUGGGUGUUCCCUAGACCUUGGCUUGAUAGAUGAAAUAAUUUAUGCUGAAGAUGGGAGGAUGAGGGCAUAUGCUAAGAGUCAUGUUUUUAAAUAUGCAGACUCCAAUCAACUCUUCUUUACCUGCCAAAUUAGGUAA